CUGGUAGGCUCCCUGUGGGAACAGGAAGGCUGAAUCUGCCCUUGAGGCACAAAGGUCACAGUUGGAGACCACUUCUCAGGUAUCCAGAGUAAGCAAUCACAGGUUUCUGCCUUUUAGCCUUCAUAGCACUGCACAUAAAUCUGAGACUGUCUGUGACUUGCCAUAGAUAAUGGCAAGACUGCAUGCUGUGCUGCUUGUUGUAUGCAAUUGCUUCACAAUUACAAUGUUCAUUUCCCACACAAUGCUUUGCUGGACUUGAUAAAUCUGGUUCGGUUUGUGCUUGUACUGAAACCCUUCAAUAGCUGUUUCCACCGCUCCACCCACAUUCUGACAACAUCAGCUUGGUUGAAAACUUGCAUGGGAUUUUUUUGUUUUGUUUGUUUUAUUUAUUUGUUUAUUACAUUUCUACAUGAUGUUAGAGCUGAGUUAUGUGGCUAACAGUUUCAUGUAUGCACUAUUAUUACAAGUUAUGUGGAUCAUCUGAGAGAAUCCUCAGAGCCAUUGCAUUGGCAAUCUACACAGUUUAGAGUGCACAACUGGUGCAAACCUUGCAACAUGAACAAUAUCACACACUUCCUAUGUUCAAAGCUGACUUGGCUUGAAGAGGAGCUCAGUUGUUCCCCACACUUCCCACUUCCUACAAAGUGUUUUUAAAGUAUCUAGAAUGGCCAGCAAGAAAGAACCUCCUUUCUUCAAUGAGGAUAACAUGGGACCAUGUCAUUGCAGACUUGCUUUUUAUGAGACGAUGGAGCUGUUCAUUGAAACUCUUACAGGAACAUGCUUUGAGCUGCGAGUAUCUCCUUUUGAAACGGUUAUUUCCGUGAAAGCUAAAAUCCAGAGAUUGGAAGGUAUCCCUGUAUCUCAGCAGCACUUAAUCUGGAAUAAUGUAGAGCUGGAGGAUGAUUACUGCUUGAAAGAUUACAACAUUUCAGAAGGUUGCACUUUGAAAUUGAUAUUGGCAAUGCGAGGUGGACCUAUUAAUACUAGAAGAGUUCCUGUGGAAGAUCCCAUUAGGGAAAUAAAAGAAUACAUGGACCCUUGUCGGGAUGAUAUCUGGGAGAAGGUUCCAUCCAGCAAACAGGUCACCUUUUUGGUAUACCGGGAAGGAGACCAAUUGAAUUUCUUCCGUGUUAUAGACAGGGGAGAUGGAACUUUAACACCAUUGUCUGAAUCUUUUAGUGGUACUUCAGUUUAUAAUUUGUACGGUGGUGAUGAUGAAGAUACGGAGGCAUCUCCUUCUGGUCAACAGAUUAUUGAGAACUCCAUCACAAUGAAUAAAAUGAAGCUGCUGAAGACAAAGAUGGAAAACAUGAAUCUCAGUAAAAAGCCUAAAAAAAUUAUCAAACUGAAACCACAUCCUCCAAUGGCUACUUGUCCAACUAAUGGCUCAGUGGCAGCCGCUCGUCACAAAUUUUUACGAGCACUCCCUCACAUUGUACAGUCCUGUCUCCAUCCUGGGAAUUCAUCUACCUCAGAAACGUCUCAAAAUGCACUUUCAGUUUUAGCAACUGCUGGUAGGAGGAUGCCAUCCAUUACUAGUGACUUACUUAAGGAAAAUGACAAAUGGGAGAGGGCUGCACAGCCUCAGUCAGUUAGCAGCAUUAAGCUGCCACCUAAAGUAUGUGUAGAAAAAGAAGAUGCAGAACUACCUACAAACAAUAUGGUUCUUCCAGUCCCAGCUCCACUUAGAAAUUCUGGGGGAAAUGUAGAAAAUGGAUCAUCAACAAAUGAGAGAGAUCUUUUCUUAUACCCAAAUUUCACAAAUGUUAAUCUGUAUGCUACAGAAGAAAAGUUCGUAUCAAACACAGAUGCAUUUGCCUUGUUAGCAGAAGCAAAUUUCACUGAACCAUGCAGUGAAUUACAUGGAAUAGGAAAAGUGAAUGCAGAGUUUCGAUUAUCUGAGAGGGAUGAGGACUGUGCUACUGCAGAGCACCCGAACAAAUCCAUUACAAAACUUCUGAGCUCUGCAAUAGCAGAUACUAGCAUUCUAAAUUCUCAUGAAUUAAGUCCUCAGAAGAAUACUCACUUGUCACCUCUUCACUGUUCAGCACAGAUGGCAUGUUACAGCCCCCAGAAACCUCAAAUUCAGUCCAAGUGCCUUGAGGUUGGUAACUUGAGGCCUACAGCCUCUCCAAAUGUUUUACGAUCUUCGGAGGUACACAAUUUAGCAGACUCCUCUCACCCAAGGGCUUCUAGAUGUCAUGGUAUCGGCUGCGUAGACUCACCUGGCAAAAGACCUGAUAUCCAUUCUAAAAUUGAGGCAAGGGAAAUCACAGAAGUGGUUAUCAAGGCAUCCAAAGACCCUAUUGUUUCUGUAAAUAGCGUAGGGUUUCUAAGUUCAUUGACUCGAAGCACAAACAGAGAUGAUUUACAGAAUUCCUAUGGGACGGGCAGGUUUCGGACUACAAACGUCCAUCAUUUUCAAGAAGAAAGCUUUAGAAUGCCCUCUCCCCACAACGACAUGCAUGGAUAUUUUUUAUCUCCUGGGCUUGGAUUGAAUGGAAAUAUUGUGGCUACAGGGAAAAGAAUAGGUGAUGCAACUCAUCUCCCACCUGUGAAUGGUUCAGUUCAACCUAAAAAGAAAAUUGCAAAACAUUGCUUCUUUUGUGGAAAGAAAACUGGAUUAGCAACUAGCUAUGAAUAUGUGGAAACAACUUCUGUGCAACCCACCGCUACGCAGAGGCUCACAUCUGUACUUAUGACUACAAGAAUGCAGGGCGGAGGUACUUGCAGGAGUCCAGUCCUGUUGUCAGUGCGCCAAAGCUUCCCAAAAUCUAAAGAUGGUUCUGUGGCAUGCAAACGUUUGCUGGAGGAGCACUGUUACACUGAGAGAAGCAGCAAUGGGUUGAACUGCUUUUCUUUUGCUGUGCUCCAAAUCUAAAGAUUGCCAAGUAACACAAAAUCCCAUGAGGCUGCGUAAUGUUGAAGAACAAUGCGAACACUACUCUAGCUGACACCUUUUAUUCAUUAGUGAAUCAAAAAUUUAAAAAGUAGUUUUUGAAAAUGUACCUUCUGAUUUAACUAUUAUUAUAUCUCUUGUGUUAAGUGUUUUAUACCUGAAACUCUUUCACUAGACAAGUCUUUUAAAAGAUGCACUUUAAGUUUUAAUACAUAUUUUAUAAUGAGACUUGAGGGGGUUCUCUAAUGAGGAUGUCAUGUCAUCUCACCUGUGUUCUCUCUGAUGUUUGUCCACUCCAGGGUAUCUUGACUUAUUUCAAUAUGGAGUUCUUCAAUACCCUUUCAGAGUUUAUGGAGGGAGUUUAUCUGCUGCAACAGAUUGUCACCCAUAUACUGUGUUUCUACUCAGAUGUAAUAUAUCAUGUUAAUCCCAAUAUUUCUUAUCUGGCAGAUUUAUUAUUAUUUUUAUAAAAGAGAACGUUUCUCUUGUCAUUAAAAUGACUUAUUUUUCCUUUCGUAAAAAAAACCAAAAACAACUUUAUAACUUUGUUAAAAAUAUGAAGUGAUGUUACCAGAACAAAAUCUAAUAAAUAUUACAUUUUCAUGUG